GUAGGAGAGACAAUACACAUUCAUCAUGGCUUACGUUGCAGUCAAACUUCCAAUCCCACGCCUUUCAAACCAGGAGACCCUCAGGCGCCGCCUCAGCCGCCCUUCUCCCCUCCUCGCUGCAUACCGCCUAUAUAUAACUCAAUCGCUUCUCACUUAAAAUUCCAAGUCAAAUCUUUUCUCUUCUUCAUCGCCUCAGCCAUGGAUGAGCUUUCCUUCCUCUCUUCAUCAUCGGAGUUUUUAAUAAAAGUGAUUCUGUUCGCGGCGGUUCAGGUUUUGGUUUAUCUCAUCCUCUCCAAAUCCUCCGCCGUGUUCGGGAAGACCGAUGAGAAGACCGGCGGCUUCGCCCCAUCUCGCUCGCUCAGCGUUCGCCGCGUGCUCGCCGCCGUAUUGAAUUUCUCCGCCAGCGGCGAGCUUCAGCUUCCCUCUCCCAACCCUUCUUAUGCUUCCUCCUCUGCUUGCGCCGAAGCAAUCUCCGCGGCGCUCUUCGCUUCUGAUUUUAAUGAAGGGUUCAGUUUUUAGAGUUGGAAGUGAUUCUUAAUUGUGGUUGUUUAGUGAAACAUUGCUCUUUGUACAAAAAAAAAAAAUUUUUAUUUGUUAGAAAUUUUUUAUUUGAUCCAGUUAGUGAAAAACGAGGCCUGUUUGCUUAUAUACAACAUGGCCAUUGUGACUGAUUUGUUGAAACUUUAUUUCUCUGAGUUGGCUUUGUAAGAAUUAUUUUUGAAGUAACAGAAAUUGUUGGCUGGUUGCUUGAA